AAGGUUCCAGGGAAAGAACUCCACCCCCACUCCAACCAGGUCACAAUGGCUGGAGCUCUGAGGGGCUCAGGCCCCCGAGCCAGGAGGAGAGAGGAAGUCCAAGGAAAGAUGGCUGGCAGUCACCCCUACUUCAACCUGCCUGACUUCACCCAGCCAUCACCAUCCUCCAGUCCGCCUGGCCUCCCUUCGAACCAGCGCUGCCGGCCCUCCGAUGCCACCAAGGGCCUACUUGUAGCCCUGCUUGGUGGGGGCCUGCCUGCUGGCUUUGUGGGUCCUUUCUCCCGUAUGGCUUACCAGGCUUCCCACUUGCCCUCACUGGAGCUACUCAUCUGUAGAUGCCUCUUCCACCUUCCCAUUGCCCUGCUACUUAAGCUUCGUGGUGACCCUCUCCUAGGACCUCCUGAUUUCCGGGGGCGGGCCUUCCUCCACGCUCUGCUCAAUGUCCUCAGCAUCGGAUGUGCCUACAGUGCAGUUCAGGUGGUACCUGCAGGAAACGCUGCCACAGUUCGAAAAGGUUCUUCCACCGUGUGCUCUGCCCUCCUCGCACUCUGCCUCGAGAGCCAGGGUCUCAGCGGCUAUGACUGGUGUGGCCUGUUAGGCAGCACCUUGGGACUGAUCAUUAUCGUGGGACCUGGACUAGGGACAUUGCAGGAGGGGACCACGGGCCUUUACACAGCCCUGGGCUAUGUGCUGGCUUUCCUGGGAGGCCUGGCCUUGUCACUGGGGCUUCUGGUCUACCGCUCCCUGCACUUCCCCUCCUGCCUACCCACAGUGGCCUUCUUAUUUGGCUUGGUGGGGUUAAUUGGCUGUGUGCCAGGACUGUUUGUGCUGCAGACACCCGUGCUACCUAAUGAUCCUCUGAGUUGGAGCUGUGUGGGGGCAGUAGGGAUCCUUGCCUUGGUGUCCUUUGUGUGUGUGAGCUAUGCAGUCACCAAGGCCCACCCUGCUCUGGUGUGCGCUGUCCUGCACUCUGAGGUGGUGGUUGCCCUCAUGCUGCAGUAUUACGUGCUCUAUGAGACGGUGGCACCUUCUGACAUCAUGGGAGCAGGAGUUGUGUUGGGUAGCAUUGCCAUCAUCACCGCCCAGAACCUCAGCUGUGAGAAGCAAGGGCAGGUGGAAGAGUGAGAUCGAACUUGAGUGUCUGGGGACUUUGGGGGGGCAGGGGUAAAUAGCAGAGACGAAUACAAACAUGGGAGAACAAGUGCCUGGAAAAGAACUGAUAUGG